UCUAUCAUCCGAAUCAUAUGUUACUUCGCCCGGCUUUGAAUAUAGUAAGGACAGGAAAGUUCCCUAUAAACAAAAAGUAGAAAAAGGUUUAGUAUGUGAAUUACUUAAAUUUAUUAGAAGCCAUGAAUCCUUACCGAAUUCUACUGCAUCUAGUAAACAAAUUCCAGUCGAUUCUGAUCUAGCUUCAGGUUCUAUACCUCAUUUAGCUCACUUAUUUGAUAAGGCCGAAAAAACUG